CUCCUGCUGCUGGGGGGCAGCGGCAGCCACGGCCCCUCGAGUGCCCUCAGCAGCAGGAGGGAUUGUGGGUAGGCAGCAGGAACCCGGGCAGUGCGGACUUUGGUCCCGGGUGUCCGCGUGGCCCGGAUAGCGCAGGAUGGAGGCCUGGGCACGGCUGACCAGGGCCGGGCUGGCCCCGCCAGAGGUGGGCCCCCUUCCUCGCGCCCUGAGAGACCCCAGCGGGGCCUGGACCUAUCCAGGGGCUGCCCCUGGGGCCCCCCGGGCUGAGGAUGGCAUGGUCUGGGUGUGGGAGCAGCUGUGGAGCCUCCGGAGGAUGGACAUAGAGCUGUUUAACCAGCUGUGUAACCUGGGCCUAGAGAUCCAGGCACUUCGGGAAGAGACAGAGGUCAACCUGGACGAGGAAGGAGAGGGACUGGGGGCCUCUCCACCAGCUUGGCUGGUCCCAGACUUUGAAAUCACCAUCUGAGAACCUGGGGAGCCAGUGGAAAGGACCUCCCUGUGCCCUACUCAGAGUGGCCAAAACCCUCAUGAGAUCCAAGAAGAAGGAGCAAACAUUUUCACAUGAAAGCAAAUAUUUAUCCUCAUGGAAGCCUUUGCCCUGUAGGGGACAGAGAUACCAUUGUUUUUGAAUGAAUGAGUUUGCAGAUGAGAGAAUGUUAUAAUUAAUAAUAAUGAUGGAAUGGAAAUUUUCUGGGGAAAAACAGCUUUUUGUUGGUUUAGAUGUUUGCAGGUGAGGCAGAUGCUUGCUGAUUAUAUGCAGAUAUUAAUAAAUGAGAUCCGGAUGUUCAAAGAUUCA